CAAUGGAUUCUAUCUGUAGAAAACAUGGUUAGAAAAUGGAGUCAAUUAACGAAAAAGGAGAACCUUAGUGUAACUAAUGCUUUUAGGAAACUAAUUAAAUUGUACUUGAAUACAAAGAAAAAAAAAAGACUUUAAUGAAGAAAAAAUAGGAAGAAAUAUUAGAAAAAUUGAGAUAAUCAAAGAAAAAAAUGGUAGAAGUUUAAGAAAAUUUAAUUUUAAAAAUGAAAUCUCAUUUAGAAACUAUAGAUAAAAAAAAAGAAUCUCUUAAUGGUUUUUUUUGUGAUUAAGAAAACAAGAUUGAAUAUUAUAUAAACUAAUAACAAGAUUUUCUGACUUUUAAGAAUAAUAAUAGAUCUUUUAAUGCAAAAAAUUCAAAUGAUUCAACCUUGCAAAAAGUUGAAGAGGAGUUUGAAAAUAUAUAUUUAUUUCAAAAGGAAUUUGAAGAAAUAUUACAACAAGCUAAGACUGAUUACAUCGAUAGUGUGACCAGUAUAAUAUAACAAUAGGGUUAAUAAUAACAAUAAUUAAUUACUUUACCGUAAGAAUAACUUACAUAUCAAGACUUUUUAUCAUGGUCUGGUUCUAAAACGAAAUUGGAUUAAAUUUUAAUUAAUAGGGAUAAUAGCAUAUUCGCCCAUUCAGAUGGUUUUGAAAUAAAAUUCUUUAGAAUUUAAUAAGAAUAACUACUUAAAAUUAAUAAUACUAUUGAAGAUGAAGAUAUGUAAUUAAUUUAAUGCAUCAUAUUUGGUCAAUCAAACGAUGAUAUAUAUUAUGGUAAUGAUGAUGGGAAAUUAAAGAUUUGGAAAAAUUAAGACGAUACAUGGUCAAAUGUAAACUCUAUUGAAGCGCAUGAUCAUAAGGAAAUUGUUGAUCUCAAGAUAACUGAUAAUGACUCUAGAUUGUUUAGUGCAGGAGGCGACAAAUUGAUUAAAAUUUGGAAAAAAACUGGUAGUAAUAAUUGGAUUGUAAUGAAGACUUUUGAUAAUACAGACUUUUCUUAGAUGUGUUCAAUAGCAAUUGAUACAGUAUCCCAAAAAUUAAUUUCAUGUUCUUUUACAUAAGUUAAGAUAUGGAAUAUGAAUGAUAUUAAUUCUGGAUACGUAUUGGGUGGAUUAGAACCAAAUAAAAACAAUAAGGUUUAUUUUAUUAAUGAUCAAAUGUUUUUUGUGACUUCUACAGAUAAAGUUUAUUUUUAUGAAAAAAUUGACGAAGAAAAGUUUAUAUAAAUAUAAAGAAAUAUAUUGCCUUAAAAUAAGUAAUACAAUCUACCAUUUUGUUAUAAUUCAGAAUUAAAGAUAUUUCUUUUGUAAAAUACACAGGCCUAAAAUGUUGAAAUUUUGAGAUUCAAUGAAGGUAAGUUCGAUCACUAAAGUUCUAUCUAAGGAAUAUAUCAUAACAUAUUGAUAGCCAGAGAUGCUAUGUAUUUAAUGUUAGUUCCCAAAAAUGAAACUAAAUCAUUAAAAAUGAUGAGAUUAUAAUGA